UGUCGGACUUCUAUAACGAGCCUCUUUAAAACUGCUGCUCCAUACAGGUUAUUAAUCUAGUCACAGGGACCUGCACUUUGGAAGUACGCAGUACCAUUGGCAAGAGUUGCGCUGCUGCAUUUCGGUGUUUUCAUCCAUUGUUGUGGACUUACUUCGUUUUGCUCUCAAGAACAGUGAGGAAACAUCAUGCUGCUCCUCUUACUUGGAAUCGUCAUUCUGCACAUCGCAGCUCUGGUGCUGCUCUUCGUGUCCACUAUAGUCAGUGCAUGGGUUGUGAAUCCCACCAGCAGCUCAGACCUCUGGACAAACUGCACCACAAUCAAUGCAGACUAUAAAUGUGACCCUGCAAACUCUGGAGUUUGGAUCCAGGCAGUCCAAGCUCUCAUGAUCCUGUCAAUCAUCUUCAGCUUCCUGUCUCUCCUCCUGUUCUUCUGCCAGCUAUUCACACUCCAAAAGGGUGGACGCUUCUUCCUUACUGGAGCAUUCCAGAUCCUUGCUAGUCUGUUCGUUAUGAGUGGAGCUAUUAUUUAUACAGUAAUGAAUGGCGAGUGGGUCCAUCCAUCAGAGUCCUUUGGCUUUUGCUACAUCCUGGCCUGGGUAGCCUUCCCUCUGGCACUCAUAAGUGGUUUAAUCUACGUCAUCUUGAGAAAACGAGAGUGAGGUGGCAACCUUCUGUGGCCGCAAUCGUGUAAAGCUCUUAAGCCAAUGUAUCGCUCUGCACCCACAGAGAAGUGAAAUCACCUAGUAUCUUCAUCCGGGGUGGUCAUUCAAAAUCAACUCAACUGCCACCCCAAAAAUACAAAAUCAAUACUGUCAUAAUUUGAAGAUGUAUAUAGUAUCUAUGGUUAAAACCUAUUUAUAACACUUUUUACAUAUAUGUAAAUAGUAUUUUAUGUUUGCUCUGUUGACAAAGAACCUCGGAAAAGUUUUUCUUUACGCUAAUUAAGUGCCUAGAGUGUGUUUUUGUCACAGAAACUUGCAUAAUUAGCCAUAAUGUGUGUUUGUGUGUCAUUUUCUUUCCUUAUAAGGCCAAAAAUACAUAUACAAAGUUGCUUUGAGGUAUUUUAAACAAAGUGCAUGUAUUAAAUUAUAGGGACAGUGAAAGAAGUGUUUCCAAUGAAGCUGCAUUGAGAAUUUGUAAAGAAAACCAUGUUUAGGAAAGCUGUUUUUUUUCUUCUAAUAUUUUUAAAGCUUUGUUUUUCUGUUUUCCAACAAAAAUGGUGCUAUGUAUUUACCAUUCCUUUAACUAUAGCCAUUUAGCUUUUAUUUAGAAGGACAUAACAUGACUGAAAGCCACAACUAGAACACAUUUGAAUACAUAUUUAAAUAUAUUGUGUUUGUGCCUAUACAAUGCUGUAUAUACUGUACAGUACUACUCACUAAAAAUUUUAAUUUUAUAAUAAAACAAAAUAUGUUCUGAGUAACACAUGACUUGGUUAUAAAUGUAGUUUUGGGAGAUGUGAUGGAGGAAUUGUACUAACAACUGUCUAGGGUAGAAUAGUUUUAGUGGGAUUUAGAAAGUUACUUUUAAGAGCAGCAUUAGCAGCAGGAUUUGAGAAAGGCAGUAAUUCAUUUAGUCCGUGUAACAAAUGUUGCUUGUUUGUAAAGUGUUUGGUGAGUUUGAUCACCUGUUAGCCUUGUGAUGUCAGCACAAUCAGGGCAUUACAUAAUUAAACACUGCAUAUUCAAAUCCAACUACAGAAUAAAAAAUAUGAAAUGAAAUAUAAAUGAAGGAACAUGAAAUAGUGGUACAUGUUUUUUUUUUUUUUUUUUUUCUCCAAGUACACCAAUCUGACAACAUAUAGCCCUUUUGUAUUUUAGUUAAUCGAUCGUGAAAAAACAUAUACUAAAGCAUCAAAGUGGCAGUAUUGUUGGGAAAAAAUGUGUUAUGGACUGGCACGAUGGUGGUACAUUUUGCAUGCAUUGGCAACACUUUUCAAUACUUGAAACAUAACAUGCUGCAAUAUCUACCAUCUUGUGAUGUUCUUGUUCUACUGAAACGCAUAACUCACAGUAACUCACGGCAUACUAAAAGAGAAUUCAACGUAUUACUUAUAAUUUCGAAAUUGUCACGUUUAUUACAGGAUCAGAUUAAUUCAUCUGCAACAGCGAAAACAAUAUUGUUUUGUUAUGAUGAACUGAACAUGUCUGUUUUCAUUGUUGAAAUGGAUACUCUGUUGGUCAAAUGGCCCGAAGAAUGUUUAAAUGACUAAAUCCCCUUUCAGAUUGUAUUCUGUGACUGAACAAAGUGGCAACUUUUAUGCACAGCAGAAACAAAUAUUUUACUUGCAAUAAAGCUAUGAUAUCUUGA